CCCGCCAGCUCAAAAAACACCCCCUCCCCCCAUUGCCAUCCAUAAAGCAAAAUACAAAAGAAACAGCAUUUCCAAAAGCCCCGAGGAGGCCAGGCAAAAACGUAUUGAACUCGACGCACAAGUUCGAAGAAAACAUCGAGAGCAGCUUAUAACUGCUAAAAGGUUUAAACAUCACCUGGAUGAUUUCAAAGAGGAUGAUGCCGAAUCCGAAUUCGAUUUAUCACAACAAGACAUAGAAAAGCUGAAAUCGGGCUUAAAUAGUUCAAGUCGCGAUUUACGUCUUUCGAGCCUCAAAAAUCUGAGCACUUAUCUUGUGGAUCCUCCCGAAACUUUGAGAAGUUUCAUAAUUGAGGGAAAUUGCAUUGACAUUUUAACGAAAUUUAUAUCUGGCAUAGACCCAGAUGAACAAUUACAGGCGACUUGGUGCAUAACAAACAUCGCUGCAGGAUCCAAGGAACUCUGUCAAAAAGCCCUUGCCACAGUUCCAUAUUUAAUCUCUUUCCUUGAUGGAGAGAACAUUGAUCAGGCAGCUUGGACAAUUGGAAAUAUUGCGGUGGAAGGUUCAGAGUGUCGAGAUUUACUUCGUGCAAACGGUGUAUUAUUUCCCUUGAUCAAGUUACUCAACUCGCAGGAUAUAAAUCUUGUUCAAACGGCAUGUUUCGCUCUAUCAAAUCUCGCGCGCGGUCCAAACGCUAAACUUGAAGAAUUUUUCUCUGCUGGUAUAACUCAGCAUCUCAUGCGUCACCUUAAAACCGAAGAGAUGAGUGAAGUCGUCUCUGAAAUUUCUUGGGUGUUAACCUAUUUGACGAGUUGUGAUAACGACAAAUAUAGUCAAGAUUUGUUAAAAGAAGGAUUGGCACCGCUUCUGGUUAAACAUAUGCGCCCUUUAUUAAAUCGUGGUCCAUUGGCAUUGCCUUUGAUCCGUACUUUUGGAAAUAUUGCCGGUGGUCCAGAUGAUAAUACAGACAUAAUAAUUAAUCAACCGGAUUUCUUGCCUUGUAUGAUUGAAUAUGUUCAAAGCGAUUGCAGGCCUGUAAAAAAAGAAAGUUUAUGGGUGAUGUCCAAUAUAACGGCAGCUCGUCUUUCGGGUGUAUUGAUCAAAGUAUUUGAUGCGGGAUUUAUUCCAAUUCUUUCGACCAUUGCAACUCAUACUAACUUUGAUAUUCGUAAAGAGGCAGCCUAUAGUCUACUCAACAUUGCCUCACACGGUGAAGAAUACAUGAAGUCAUUGUCUCAUCAGGAACUCAUACCAGGUAAAGAUCAAUUGGUUCAUCGAUUUUUAGAAUUUAUUCGUUCUCAAGAUGUUGACUUAAUUCGCCUGGGAUUGAGCUACGUGGAAUUACUCUUGACCCAAAUUCCAGAUGGAAAGCAACUUCUUGAACGAAUGCAUGGCAUUGAUGCUUUAGAGUCUGUCACACUAUUGGAAGAUCAGUUGUUACGUAGUACG